AUGGCCAACACUGUCACCGAGACGAUUGAGAAGGGCACCCAGGAGGUCAAGCACGCCGGCCAGGCCGUGACCAACGAGGUCAAGGCCGAGGUCCAGACCGCCGUGAACAAGGACGUCGAUUCGACCGACACCAACCUCCGUUACGCCGCCUACCUCCGUCGUAUCCGUGACAUUGCGCGCGCCGGUAGCCGUUACACUGCGUACACUUCGGAUAUUGGCGAGGCAUUCCGUCCUGUUGUUCCCCCUUACCUUGUCACCGCCGCAUACGGUGUCUCGUGGGCCUACCUCAUCGGCGACGUCGCCUUCACGACCUACAAGGCCAAGGAGGCGGGCCCCACGCCCAUCGAGGCGGCCAACUUCUCCGAGCCCACCCGACUGACCAUGGUGGCCGUCAAGCGUUCCGUCUUCCAGUCGGUCGCGUCCAUGGCCCUGCCCGCAUUCACGAUCCACACGGCCGUCCGCCAGGCGUCCAAGAUGGUGGCAAAGUCGAGCAACAUCACCCUCAAGCGGUGGGGUCCCACCGCUGUCGGCAUCUCCAUCGUGCCGGCGCUUCCGUUCCUCUUCGACCACCCGGUCGAGAUUGCCGUCGACUCGAUCUUCGACAAGAUCGAGGAGGCGCUCGAGAAGAAGCCUGCGGGAGGCGCGGCAGCACCUCCCGCAGGAAAGACCGAGCUCUAA